AUGGUUAGUGUAUUGCACGGAACGAGCAUUAGAAAGGAGCAAAAACACAGAUGGUGGAUGUACAAAUUGUUAUUUCUCUGCGUUGUUUCUGCUCUUGCACUGGGAAUAAGCUUGAUCUUUUCCCAUACCAACGCACCAAUAUUAAGGGAUGCCAGUUCUAGGGAAUAUAUUCCAGAUUUUCCAUCCUUUCAAAGGGAUUACUAUUCAUUAAAUAACUACUAUUCGAUUGAAAGUGUUAUGGAUGCUAAGAAUAAUACAAAUGAUGAUGAGGAUGUGUUGAUUCAAUACUUUAUAUCUAUUAAUGCUUCCACAAGUUGUGAUUUUGACUCGGUUCCUUAUAAUAUGACAUGUAGUUAUCUGAGUUGGAAUCAAUCGGGAUGUGCCACAGACAACAAGUAUCUCCAAUUGCUUCAUUGCACAGAUUUGCAUGAGGCUCCAGCAGUCUUUUAUAUUUUGGCUGUUCUUGUGGUCCUGAUAUGUUUCUACUUGUUGGGUGAUACUGCAGAAGCAUACUUUUCACCUUCCCUUAUCAAAAUUUCAAAUUAUUUGAACCUCUCUCCAAACCUUGCUGGUAUUACACUUUUAGCUUUGGGUAAUGGUGCUCCUGAUCUUUCAUCUAUUAUUGUAGGUAUUGUAGCAAAUGGUAACACAGAAUUUGGUGUUGGUGAACCAGUUGGUAGUGGUACAUUUGUGACAUCUUGUGUUAUGGCUGGUAUUGUUCUUUUAUCAGAUGUGAAAGGAUUGGCAAGAAGACCAUUCAUUAGAGAUGUUAUCUUUUAUAUUGUUAGUGUUGCAUACACUUUUUAUUUAUACAUUGACGGAAGAGUAUUCAUUUGGGAAUCAAUCAUUUGUGUAUUGAUCUAUGUAGUAUAUGUAUCAACAGUAAUUAUUGGAAGAAUUGUUUACAAGAGAAUCAAAGCAAGAAGAGAAAGACUUAAGGGGCUCCCUCAAAAGGCCUCAAAGCUUCAAAAAACUGCUCUUGGCCAAAGAUUGAUUGAAGGAAGUGGUGAAGGGGAGGCUUCCAACAUUUCAAUCCCACAAGAGCAAACACCAUCUGAAACUGAAAAUGAUCAAACCUCUCAAAAUCCAGAAAAUACACACCAAGAAGUGGAACUUAUCGACACAGAUGCCAAGGCAGUAGUUGAGGAAGAUACUGGAAGUGAAUCUGAAGAAGAAGAGCAAUGGGCUGGAUGGAGACAUACAUUUAUUAGAAAUGACAUAUUCAAGGAAGUUUCUGUAAAGGAUAGCAAAUCAUUGGAUCGUGUUGCUACUUCAAGAUAUUACAUUCCUAAAGUUGGUAUCAUUGAAUCAAAGAAAACUGAACAUGUUGAAGGCGAAGAAAAGGAACACAAAUAUAUUAUCACUGAUUAUUUCCAAAAUGAAAAUAGUGAUAGAAAGGUUCAAGAACCUACUGAUAAGGAAGGAGAAGAGAAAGAGGUAAAGGGCUCAAAGAAAUACGUUUUAAUGUUUUUGGAUUCUAUUGGAUGGUCAGACAUGGCUUGGUACCAAAAGAUUACUUUCAUCUUAUUUGAAUGGGUUUGGAUUUUGUUGAGAAAUUUGACUAUUCCAAAGAGUGAAGAUGAAGAAUGGAACAAGUGGUUUGCUAUGUGUAUUCCAGUAUUUUCACCACUAUUUAUCUUGAUAUUACCUGGUUAUGAUAAGUUUAUAUUUUUGAUUGGAGGAGUUUUCCCAGUUGCUGUGAUAUUGAUUAUUGUGGGUAGUUUCUUCUCUGUUAUUAUUUUCUUUACCACAAGAAGAAAUAAGCCUCCAAGAUAUCAUCCAAUAUUUGUUGUGUUUGCAUUCCCAAUGUGUAUCUUUUGGAUAUUUAUUGUUGCAAAUGAAUUAUUGGAUGUUUUGGAUGCAGUAGGUUUGAGUGUUGGCAUUCCAACCUCAGUAUUGGCUAUUACAGUUUUGUCUUGGGGAAAUUCAAUCUCAGAUAUGAUUGCUGAUAUUGUGAUUUCAAAGCAAGGAUAUCCUAGUAUGGCUCUGGGUGCUGUAUUUGCUGGACCUAUGCUUAAUUUAUUGAUCGGUUUAUUUGUUGCCUUAACAUUUAAUCCUAUACAGUUGACAAAGUUCUGCUUCCCUCUCACUGAAGAUCCAACAGUUAAUGUUUCAUUCAUUUUCUUGCUGAUAUCACUAAUUUCAUCCGUGAUUGUUGUUCCUGCUUUCAAAUUCAGAGCUCCAAAACUGUAUGGUGUUUAUUUGAUCGGACUUUAUUUGAUUUAUCUUACUUUGGCUCUUUUGGCAGCUCUUUAUCCACCUGUUACUAAAGCAUUUACAUGGAGAGCAGAAAAUAUGUGUCAAUAA